AUCAUGACGGGCAGCGGGGAAUGCUGGGUGCUCCUUUGUCUCGAGCCGGACGCGGUACUUGCGAGAGAAGGGACCAGCUGCUGGCGGCAAGAGUAUGGCGGAAGAGCGAUAGCGCCAACUGAACGGGUAUUAGAAGAAGAGCACUUGCAGAUGGGAAACUCAAACCAAACACCAUGUCAAGAUCUGACAGCAUCAAUCAGUUCAUCAGAACCUGAGUACAACCUGCCUUUGAAUGUGGAAUGUGAUAGUUUUACCUGUUCUGUUUGUGGGAAAGGAUUUCCAGAAUCAAUGCCACUGGAGAAGCACCAAAACAUAUACAACUCAAGUGAGUCUAUUCCAGAACUCUGACUGUGGAAUGAUGUUUUAUCAUUUAUACAGCCUGAAAAAUAUCAUUUCUGGCACAGAAUAAUCAUAAAACUGUUUUGUGUGUAGACCAGCUUUGACUUAUCAUCCAAGCUAGAGAGACACAAGAACAUACACACUAUGGAGAAACCCUGGAAAUGUCAGGACUGUGGGAGGGGAUUCAAUUAUCCAUCCAAACUGGAAAUUCAUCAACGCAGCCACACUGGAGAAUGGCCUUUCACCUGCUCUAUUUGUGGUAAAGGUUUCAAUUACCCAUCUGAACUGAAAAAUCAUCGACGCAGCCACACUGGGGAGAAGCCAUUCACCUGCUCUGUAUGUGGGAAGGGAUUUGGUCAGUCAUCGAUCCUCCAGACACAUCAGCGGGUUCACACUGAUGAGAGGCCAUUCACCUGCAGUCAAUGUGGAAAGGGAUUCAGGCAGUCACCUCAUCUGAUUGCACACCAGCGAAUUCACACCGGGGAAAGACCGUACACCUGCUCUAUGUGUGAGAAGAGAUUCACUCACUUAUCCCACCAGUUGACACACCAGCGUGUACACACUGGGGAGCGGCCUUUUACCUGCUCUGUGUGUGGGAGGGGAUUUACACGUUCAUCUGAGCUUUUGACACAUCAGCGGGUUCACACUGAAGAAAGGCCAUUCAUCUGCUCAGUGUGUGAGAAAGGAUUUAAUCGAUCUUCUAAUUUACAGAGACACCAGCAAGUUCACAUGAGAUUGAAGCGGUUUGAAUCUUCUAUUAUUGCUGGUGUUAAUUACACACCGGACUGAAUCAUGUUAAUUCAAUCAAUAUUUGUUUUGGCAGCUAUUCAUUAGGACCUCUGUUUAAAUUUCUGGAUCAUUGGUUGCUUUCAUUCUCAGAUCUUCAGUGUCCUUUUCAGAACCACUGUUUAACAGAUAAACAAGUUAACAGGAGAUUUUUAUAAAUAAAAUAUAAAUGCGUUUUUUUGGUAUACAAAAAGGGAAAUAAAACAAAUCCAAUAAAUCAAUAAAAGAAACUACAUAAUAUAUACUGAAUAGGAAAUUGACACCAAGAAAGAAAAAUAGGAUUUACAAUAAACCUGUCAGCACUUAUUUCAAAAGGCAAAGUGGCCAAUCUUUCUUAAUUCUUUGAAGAGUAACAGGAAAAGUAGAAAGAGGUAACACAGUUGACGUAAUAUGUUUGGGUUUUUAAAAGGCCUUCAGUCAGUGAGAAUAGAAUAUGUUCAUGACUGAAGUUGGAGCAUGUGGAAUCAAGGACCAGGCUGAAUUGACAGGAAGCUCACUGUAAACCAGAAUAAUGGUGAAAGGUGGGAAGUUUUGUUCCAUAGAGUUUGAUCCUGGGGCUAUUGUUACUCACUGUUCAUGUAAGGGAUUUGGUCUUGCGAAUCAUAAAUUUAAUUUUACGGUUCUUGAGUAGAUUUGUAACUCGGGUUGUGGAUGCUGUGGUUGGCUGACUCGUCGAACUGUUUCGUUAGUUUGCAGAUGGUUC